UAGGGGACUCUUGGGAAAGAUAGAACUGGAGGGAUUGGGAUGGGAAGAUGCAGGGUCUCAGGAGCACUUCCACCUCUAGCUACAUUAGAUCUCACACAGGAGCCAAUAGAUUUCAUGGAGGCAGCCAGCAAGAGGAAGGGUUUUUUGUUUUUUUUUAAAGCCUCUCCAUGAUAAAUUCCUGCUUUAUCCAGCCCUUUUGGGUGACCCCAUUUGGGGUUUUCUUCGCAAAAGUAUCGAAUUGGUUUGCCAUUUCCUACUCCAGCUUAUUUUUACAGACAAGGAAACUGAGGCAAACAAGGUUAAGUAACUUGGCCAGGGUCAUACAGCUAGUGUCUGAGGUUAUAUUUGAACUCAGAUCUUCCUGACUCCAGGUUCAGCACUCUAUCCACUUAGUUAAUACAAUUGUAUUGCCUUUGCCUUGACCUCCUUAUGCCAACAUAGAUGAGCAACUUAUUCUGAAAGUUGCAUGGGACCCAGAAAAGUUAAAUGAUUUUUCCAAGGUCACAUAGCCAGUAUAUGCCAGUUUUUUCUUUUUCUUUUUUUUUAAAGGGUAGGGGAAUGGUGAUUAAAGAGGAGCCAAUGGGUUCCUUUAAAAGAGAAAGGACUUGGAUGUCUGGGCUCAGGCUUGUAGUAGGGAACAGACCAGCUAAUGGAAAUGGGAGAUGGAGGGAGGGACAUGAUAUUAAAGAUGGGAGAAAGAAGAGACAGGAGGUCUCGGACAAAACAAAGUGGCUAGAAACAAGAAGGAAUCUGAGCCCCUGGACAGCCGUGGAUGGCAGCAGAGACAAUAAUAGCUCUGGUCUAGCCAGACAUUACCACUGAGAGUGGACCUAGCUACUGUAGCUAAGGGGACCUGAGGGCCUGUCCUUGGGCACAGCACUGAGGAGACACCAGACAAAUGGAAAGGCUUCAGGGGUUCUUCCUGAAAUCGCCCCAAGAUCUGUCCUCUCACCAUCCCUACAUCAUCUACAAACAAGAAGAAGAAGAGAACCAGGGAAAACAGUUGGAGGAAGAUGAAAUACAAGAGGAAGAAGAAGACUCAGCUGCUCUCAUCAUGGACAUGGAACUAAGGGCCACAAACCAGCAAGGGAGAAAGUGGGGGAAACAUAGGAGGCAGAAUUUGACCCCCAAGAUAGUCACCUACUUUAUACUCAUCAAUCUCUUAAUCUUUAUUGUUGCCUUUCUCCUGGGCUACAUUGCCUUCCGGGGUUCGUGCCAGUCUUGUAAAGUCUCUGUAUCAGAAGUGAAUGAUGAUUUAGGCUAUGAACUGGCUCCAGAGACCAGUGGCUCUACUUUAUACUGGGCCGACCUUCGGGAGAUGUUCCACAAAUACCUGGAUGAAGAGCAUCUGAAAAGUUCUAUCAGGACCAUCAGUCUUCUGGAGCGAUCCUCAGGUUCCCCUGGAAUGACCACUCUGUCUUACCAGAUCCGAGAUAUGUUCUACCAGCAGAAACUGGACCAUGUCUGGAUAGAUACCCAUUAUGUGGGGCUGCAGUUCCCUGACCCGGCCCAGCCAAACACACUUCAUUGGAUCGAUGGGUCAGGCAACAUUUCAGGAGAAUUACAGUUGGAGGAUCCUGAUGUCUACUGUCCCUACAGUGCCAAAGGCAGUGCCAUCGGAGGACUCAUCUAUGCCAACUAUGGUCAUCUGAAGGAUAUGUUAGCUCUCCAGGAGAAGGGUUUGGAUCCCAAGGGGCACCUACUACUAGUGCGAAUAGGACACAUGAGCUUUGCUGAGAAGGUGUCAAAUGCUGAGGCCUUUGGGGCUCUAGGUGUCCUCAUCUACCCAGACCCUGCUGACAUCCACAAGAAGCUGAGGCUGUCUAACCACACAGCUGUUUAUGGACAUGUUCACCUAGGAACAGGGGACCCCUAUACUCCUGGCUUCCCCUCCUUUAAUCAAACCCAGUUUCCACCUGUGGAAUCCUCUGGCCUCCCUAGUAUCCCCGUCCAGCCCAUCAGUGCCAACAUGGCUGCCCAGCUGCUGAGGAAGCUGUCAGGCCCCAAGGCCCCCUCAGAAUGGAAAGGGACUCUCUCUGACACUCAAUACCGGCUGGGCCCUGGACCAACUCUUCGACUUAUUGUCAACAACCAUCGGGCCUCAACUCCCAUUAUCAGCAUCUUUGGCUGCAUUGAGGGUCGCUCAGAACCAGAUCACUACAUUGUCAUUGGAGCUCAGAGAGAUGCCUGGGGUCCUGGAGCAGCCAAGUCUGCUGUGGGUACAGCCAUCCUACUGGAGCUAGUGCGCACCUUCUCUGCCAUGGUGAGGAAUGGUUUUCAACCUCGACGAAGUCUGCUUUUUAUCAGUUGGGAUGCUGGUGACUUUGGGAAUGUGGGAGCCACUGAGUGGCUGGAGGGCUACCUCACCAUGUUACACCUCAAAGCUGCUGUCUAUGUGAGCCUGGAUAAUGCUGUCCUUGGGGAUGAUCAGUUCCAUGCAAAAACCAGUCCUCUUCUCACCAGCCUUAUUAAGAGCAUCCUAAAGCAGGUCGAUUCUCCCAACCAUAGUGGUCAAACCCUCUAUGAUCAGGUGGUGAUUACAGGCCAGAGCUGGGAGGCUGAGGUGAUCCAACCUCUGCCCAUGGACAGCAGUGCUUACUCCUUCACUGCCUUUGGAGGGGUCCCUGCUGUUGAAUUCUCAUUCACUGAGGAAGGCCCACCUUACCCCUUCCUGAACACCAAAGAAGACACAUUUGAGAAUCUGCAUGGAGCAUUACAGGGGAGGCUGCCAGCUGUGGCCCGGGCUGUGGCCAUGGUAGUGGGCCAACUACUCAUCCGACUCAGCCAGGACCGCCUGCUCCCCUUGGACUUUGGCUGCUAUGGUGAUGUCAUCCUGAAGCACAUUGGCAGACUCAAUGAGUUCUCUGGAGAUCUCAAGGCCCGGGGCCUGACCCUUCAAUGGAUCUACUCAGCCAGAGGAGACUACAUCCGGUCAGCUGAAAAACUGCAGAAGGAGAUCUACAGCUCAGAGGAGAGCAAUGAGAGACUGAUGCGAAUGUACAACGUCCAAAUCAUGAGAGUAGAAUUCUACUUCCUCUCCCAGUAUGUGUCACCAGCAAUCUAUCCAUUCCGCCACAUCUUCCUGGGUCAAGGGAACCAUACUCUAAGAGCCCUGCUGGAGCACCUGCAGCUGCUAAGGGACGAAGGAACUGGGGAUAGCUCCCUAAGAUACUCGAGACCUCAUUUUGAAGAAGGCCUCUUAAGGCGCCAGCUGGCUCUACUCACCUGGACCCUGCAGGGAGCAGCUAAUGCCCUCAGUGGAGAUGUCUGGAACAUUGACAACAACUUCUGAUGAUGGAGGAGUCACAGUGCCCAGUCUUGGGUAUUUUCCUUCCUUAGGGUCCACACAUUCUCUAAACUUCUUCCUCUAGAUCCUCAUAGAUCUAGAUUCUUCUCCUUUCCAUUAAAUUUCAGGGUGCUAGAGAUCCUUCUUCUCUCAAAGCCAUUGAUCCCAGUUCUUCCUUGCCCCUUUCCCUUUACGUGGAUACCCGUGUUUAAAACAUAAAAGGAUGCACUUAUCUUCCUCUUAAUGUGAUGAUCAUACUGUUAGAGAGUAGUAUCUGCUCAAUCAUUCCUAAACACACUUUUCCUUCCCCAAGUCCCCCAAGCUUUCCCCCAAAAAAAUCAGGGGAAGGGGUUUGGAUUUCUAUAACCUGAAUGCCCCUCCACCAACCCACCCAAUCCACCCAAAUCUGGACCCUCGUUUUAACCUUGGAAGUAUGCCACCACUAUUGUGAUGGAAGGAAUCUAGGGAUAGUCCUGCUUGUCCAUAGAAAUCACUUUCCUUAGCUUGUUCAAAGCUCUUUCAAUUAGCCCCAAUCUCUCCCCCCACCCCUGCCUGUCCCCCUCCAUUACUUCUUGCCUAGGAGACAUUUCCACAUAUAAUUCAGUGGAUUCCCUCAGCAAUGGAGCAUUCAGAGAAAAAAAAUUACUGAAAAUCACAAGACUCCGUAACUUGAGGUAUGAAGUUGAUUCAGCGUGGAGCAGGGCAACCAAAGAGGCAUCUUUCUUUUCUUUUCUUCACCCAAUGAGCAGUGGGAUUAAAUGUGUGUAUGUUUAA